CAUAGCUUUCUGGCAUCUUGAUGUUGCUGUAUAAAUGCAUAUGUGUGUAUAAUCUAAUAUCUGAAUUAGCUAUUGGAUAUCGGGACUUAAUUAAUUGUACAACUAAUAGUUAUGUAAAUUUUGUUAUCUAAUGCGAGUUGAUAAAGUUGGGAAUGCUAUAUUCUUUACGUAUUAGGAGUAUCCAAAUUAUUUGUGUAUUAUUAGAAAAAGGUUUUCACAUAAAUAGGGUUUAGCUUCGGAGUAGUAAUGGUGGUCGUUCAAUAAAAUCUGUGUUCAAUAAUAAUAAUGAUAUCAAGUGCGUUGCCUACCUUUAAUGUGGAAACUGUAGCGAUGGAUGAAAACUCACUUAAUCAAAACGGCGCCCAAAUGGGUGCUCAGAGUAGUCAUAAUGGCAAUGGCAAACAAUGUGAAGACGGUAAUGUGAAAGUUCAAUACUCUAUACCAGGUAUUUUACAUUUCAUUCAGCAUGAAUGGGCAAGGUUUGAAUUGGAACGAUCGCAAUGGGAAGUAGAUAAAGCUGAAUUGCAGGCGCGAAUAGCAUUUCUUCAGGGUGAACGUAAAGGACAAGAAAAUUUAAAAAAUGAUCUUGUACGAAGAAUCAAAAUGUUGGAAUAUGCCUUAAAACAAGAAAGAGCUAAGUUCCAUAAAUUAAAGUAUGGAGUGGAGUUACAGCAAGGUGAUAUGAAACCUCCACCAUUUGAAGAUAUUGCUAUAGAAUCACAAUUAGAAAGUGAUCAAUCAUACACUUCAGUAUCUAACGCAACUUGGAGGCAAGGUAGACAGUUGUUGAGACAAUAUUUGCAAGAAAUUGGCUACACUGAUCGUAUUAUUGACGUACGCUCAAAUAGAGUAAGAGCACUUCUUGGCUUGAAUAAUAAUACAGAGCAAGAUGAACAAAAUACUAAUCCAGAACAGAUCAAUGGGAAUGAAUCUAACAAAAGAGCAAGUGAAACUCAAGGAAGAAGAACUCCUGCAAAAAAGACCCAAUUGCCUGGAUGUUUAUCAGAAGCUUUAAUGUUAGAUACAGAAGCGGCAGUAAUGGCAAAUUUAGACUUUUUGACUAAUACUGAUGUAGAUAUGGAGGAUGAUGAUGAAAUGAGUGAUGAUGUAGAUUUGGAAACAUCUGAUGAUAUAGACGAUGUAAGAUCCAUUAAAGGAAAAGCUAAACUUGAUAAUUUAACUGAUGACGUGGAUGCGGAAGCUAUGGAAGUAUUAAAUGAACUGAAUUUACUUUCGGAAACUGAAAAUCAACAUCAACUUCAUCAAAUGAAAGGCGAGGAGGGAGACUGGAGUAAAGGUGAGUUAAUUUAUAAUUUUUUGAUACGUUAUCUUUUAUUUUAUUUUACUACAGGAAGAAGGCCAUUGGUUCUUUCCACAGCGGGCAUUGAGUAUGUAACCGGUUCGGGACUUGGAGAAUUAGCACAUUUAACUGUUAAUAAUGACACAGAAUCUUCUUACGAUAUAAGCAGCACUAAAGAGGUUUUUAGGAAAACAUGGAAUGCCAAAUAUACUUUAAGGAGUCAUUUUGAUGGAGUUAGAGCGCUUGCAUUUCAUCCUAAUGAACCUGUCCUUGUUACUGCUAGUGAAGAUCACACAUUGAAGUUAUGGAACUUACAGAAAACAGUUCCUGCCAAAAAAUCGGCGUCUUUAGAUGUGGAGCCAUUGUAUACAUUCAGGAGCCACAAUGGUCCAGUUUUAUGUUUAGUUAUUUCGGGGACAGGUGAACAUUGUUACAGUGGGGGUAUAGAUGGGAAUAUUCACUGUUGGAAUAUUCCAAAUUCUAAUAUUGAUCCAUAUGAUCUCUUUCAACCGGAUGUAUUAAGUGCUACUUUAAAAGGACAUGAUGAUGCUGUUUGGGGAUUGUCUUUCCUUCAUUCCAGACAACAUUUACUUUCAUGUGCAGCUGAUGGUACCGUAAAAUUGUGGUCACCAUUUUCCAAGGUACCGUUACUUAACACAUUUACAUCUGAACAAGACGGUGUGCCAUCAAGUAUUGACUUCAUUAACGACGAAAUUAAUCGUAUAGUUGCGGCCUACAAUAGUUCUCAUUGCAUCAUAUUUGAUACUGAAACUACAAAGCCAGUGCUUAGGUUAGAAUCUGGACAAGAUUCUGUUGGGAAUAUUAAUAAGCAAAUAAAUAGAGUUGUAUGUCAUCCAACACUUCCCUUAACAAUAACUGCACAUGAAGAUAGACAUAUUAGAUUUUGGGACAACAAUACUGGUAAAAUGGUGCAUUCCAUGGUAGCACAUCUUGAUGCUGUGACGUGUUUAGCAGUUGACCCGAACGGACUCUAUCUUUUAUCAGGCUCACAUGAUUGUUCAAUUCGUCUGUGGCAUUUAGAUAACAAAACAUGUGUACAAGAAAUAACAGCUCAUAGAAAAAAGUUUGAUGAAAGUAUUCUUGAUGUGGCGUUUCAUCCGGGCCGACCGUUUAUUGCAAGUGCUGGUGCAGAUGGUUUGGCGAAAGUUUUCGUAUAAGUUCUUUGUGGAUCUGUGAAAUUGUAAAU